CAAGGCGAAGAAGAAGCACGACGCUGAACAGGCCACGACCGUGCCUGUCUUCUCGUUUUUUUUUUUCGUGUACUAAAGCAAAAAAAAAAAAAAAGUCGUCUUACGUAAGGCAUUCAAUGAAAUUAUUUAUGCCACUCUUAGUGGGAUCCAUCAAAGAGGAGCUACCCAGAAGAUCAUCUACGCUGGCGUUGAUAUUUUGACUUUUCCUCUCAUUUUCACCAAUUCCACACGGAUCGACAUGGCUGAUGAUUUUGAUGUUGAGGCCAUGCUGGAGGCGCCCUACAGAAAGGAUGAGGUCAAGUCUUCUCAUGCAAACGGACACGAUGGACAGAACAGGAAGAAGAGGCGGAGCAAAAGCAGAAGCCCGGCCUCCAAGAAAAGGAGGAGCCGGAGCCGAAGCAAAGACCGAAAAAAAGCCAAGAAGAGGAGCAGGAGCCGAGAAAGAAAGCAAAGCCGCAACCGGGAACACCGGCGCUCUCGGAGCAAAGAGCGAGCUGGCCGCUACAAAGCCAGAAAGAGCCCAAUACGGAAGCGUUCCAAAAGCCGCACUCCUCCUGUCAAGAAAGAGAAGAGUCCCAUCAGACAACCUAUCGACAACCUAACACCAGAGGAGCGAGAUGCCCGCACAGUUUUCUGCAUGCAGCUGGCCGCUCGAAUCAGAGCUCGAGACUUGGAGGAUUUCUUCUCGGCUAUUGGAAAAGUAAGAGACGUGAGAAUGAUAUCAGACCGCAAUUCCCGGAGAUCGAAGGGGAUCGCCUACAUUGAGUUUGUGGAGUCGUCUUCUGUGCCCCUGGCCAUCGGACUGACGGGCCAGCGGCUUUUGGGAGUGCCCAUCAUUGUCCAGGCAUCUCAGGCCGAGAAGAAUCGAGCUGCCGCAGCGGCGGCCAGUAAUCUUCAGAAAGGCAGCGCGGGUCCCAUGCGGCUCUACGUGGGCUCGCUGCACUUCAACAUUACGGAGGAAAUGCUGCGAGGGAUCUUUGAGCCCUUCGGAAGGAUUGAGGGAAUUCAACUUAUGAUGGACAGUGAGACUGGACGCUCGAAAGGAUAUGGCUUCAUAUCAUUUGCAGAUGCCGAGUGCGCAAAAAAGGCCCUGGAGCAACUGAACGGCUUUGAGCUGGCCGGCCGGCCGAUGAAGGUGGGCAACGUCACGGAGCGCUCGGACGCGUCCACCGCCAGCUCCUUCCUGGACAACGACGAGCUGGAGCGGACCGGCAUCGACCUCGGCACCACCGGGCGACUGCAGCUCAUGGCGCGACUCGCCGAAGGAACUGGUCUAAAGAUUCCCCCAGCUGCUCAGCAGGCACUUCAGAUGACUAGCUCGGGCUCUUACGGGAACGUGGCGCCCCCAUCAACGCCUACGCCAAGCCAAGCUUUGAACCUUCCCUCUCAGCCGCUGGCCACGCACUGCCUUCAGUUAUCCAAUCUCUUCAACCCACAAUCAGAAAAUGAUCCCAGCUGGGCCGUCGAGAUCCAAGACGAUGUCAUUGAGGAGUGUAACAAGCACGGAGGAGUCGUUCACAUUUAUGUCGACAAGAACUCCGCUCAGGGUAACGUGUACGUCAAGUGCCCCUCCAUACCGGCGGCCAUGGCCUCUGUAAAUGCGCUUCACGGACGCUGGUUUGCAGGUAAAAUGAUCAAGGCGGCCUACGUACCCUUACCGACAUACCACAACCUUUUCCCGGAUUCGGUAACGGCAAAGCAGCUUCUAAUGCCGACACGUCGAUAGUGAGGCGUGCUUCCCAUCUUCAGUGUAAACGUUUUUUUUUUUUUUUUGCAUUGAUUAAAACUGUUUAUGGAAAGGCCUAAUUGAAAUUGUUUGGCUCAAGUUCAUUUGUACGCCGUUUGCUUUCAACUGUGUGGCUGUGUGCUGUCAACUACCACCGAAGAAAUCUACAGGUCUGUUCUUUUGAAAUAUUCCUGUCAUCUGCUUGUUACCUUGAGUACAUGUUGAUUUAAAACAAAUAGUGUGUUGGAAAUUAGGGUCUCAAAUACCAAAAGUAUAUUAAUGUCUACAAUAAUGCUUUGUAACUUUUUACAGCCAUAAAUUCAUUUUUAGUAUGAAGGCUCUCAAUAAACGUUUUCAAAACUCA